GCGACGCUCCUUCCGGUGCGGGCGGCGAAGAUGGGGACACCACAGAAGGAUGUUACGAUAAAUCCCGAUGCCCCCAGCACGCUACUUUUGGAGAAGCAUGCGGACUAUAUAGCUUCCUAUGGAACAAAGAAAGAUGAUUACGAAUACUGUAUGUCGGAGUAUUUGAGGAUGAGUGGUGUUUACUGGGGGCUCACAGCGAUGGAUCUCAUGGGGCAGCUGCACCGAAUGAACAAAGAAGAAAUUCUGGCAUUCAUCAAAUCAUGUCAACACGAAUGUGGUGGAAUAAGUGCCAGCGUAGGUCACGAUCCUCAUCUUCUGUAUACCCUCAGUGCGGUCCAGAUUCUUAUCUUAUAUGAUAGUCUCCAUGUUGUUGAUGUAAAUAAAAUUGUUGAAUAUAUACAGAACUUGCAAAACGAAGAUGGAUCAUUUGCUGGAGACAAAUGGGGAGAAAUAGAUACAAGGUUCUCCUUCUGUGCUGCGGCAACUCUUGCACUUCUGGGAAAGCUGGAUGCCAUUGAUGUGGGGAAAGCAGUAGAAUUCGUUUUGUCCUGUAUGAACUUUGACGGAGGAUUUGGCUGUAGACCAGGUUCGGAAUCACAUGCAGGACAGAUCUAUUGUUGCACAGGAUUUCUGGCUAUAACAGACCAGCUGCAUCAAAUAAAUGUUGACUUGCUGGGUUGGUGGCUUUGUGAACGUCAGUUACCUUCUGGAGGUCUCAACGGACGACCAGAGAAGUUACCUGAUGUAUGUUAUUCUUGGUGGGUGCUAGCAUCUUUGAAGAUGAUUGGUAGAUUACAUUGGAUUGACAGAGAGAAACUGCGCUGCUUUAUUUUGGCUUGCCAGGAUGAGGAGACUGGAGGGUUUGCUGACAGACCAGGAGAUAUGGUGGAUCCAUUUCACACCUUAUUUGGAAUUGCUGGACUAUCUUUAUUAGGAGAAGAACAAAUUAAGGCCGUCAAUCCUGUCUUUUGUAUGCCAGAAGAUGUCCUUCGAAGAAUAAAUGUACAGCCUGAGCUUGUGAGCUAAGCCUCGUAGAGACAGAAGGAUGGUGUGACCAGUUGCUUUGGGUUUACUGAUUUAAGUCAUCUCAUCUCUGAAACUGUUAGCAUAAUCUUCUUUGAGAUGCGUUUACAUUACGAACGUAAAGCAAGAGCUUUACUGUGGGCUUUGUCACUUUGUAAACUCUAUCAGAACAGGCUGGUUCUAAUAAUCAGAGUGUAACAUGUUCUUUGGUUGUAUAUAAGAGAUGUAGAAACAUUUCUAAUCUCUAGCUAAAUAUAUGGGCCUUUGCAUUUUUUUUAAAUAUUCAAGUCAAAGCAAUGGUGUGAAUGCUUAAUUUUUGUCCUUCUGUGAUAUCAACCAUGCUAGCAUCUGCCUCUACACAAGCAUGUUUCGAUGGUGGAUCUCACAAAGCACUUUAAAAGAAUAUGAAGAAAAAUCCCAAACAAAACCCUACUUAAGCUACGCACUUACUGCCACACACUUGAGUAUUUAAUUCUUCCUGUUCAUGUUUGCCAUCACUGUUAUAUACUGAGAAACAAGCUUUUUCUUCUGAUAGGAAUUGAUACCAGUGAAAACAAAAAUUAUGGUUUCAUUAAGUAUAUAAAUGUCUUCCUUUACUGAUGAGUCCCUUAGACAAAAUUUCGUUGAUAUUUGAAAUAGAGCAUACCUUGAGUAGCUGUAGAGAAACUUGCUAACAUUAAGCGUUUUAGAGAAGGUCUCUGUAGGACAGUGAUGUGUAACUGAAUAUAGAGUUGAUCCUAAAUUUGUUGCUGGGUUGAAAUCCUGCUUUUGUAGCUUACCAGCACUUGAUUAUGGUGUAAUUGAGAAUAAAACAAGCUGUGGAAAAUACUUGUUCUCUGAAGGAUGGAGUCCUCUUUGUCUUCACAGAAGCCCUAAAAUUGCCUCUUAAUUUACGUUCCGCACACCCUGGCUGAGACUGAAUGGUAUUCCAGUUGAAAUAUACAGUAAAAGGUAAUUGUGAAGGGGAGGAAGUCUUUGAUAAUCUCUGUGUUUAUGCUUAAGGAAGGUCUAAAGUUGUUUCAAACACAAUUUUAAAAGCCAGCUGAUUAGUUUUAUCUAGCCUAUUCCUGUAAAUAGAAAGUAAGAUAGAACUGGACGAAGUAACUUUUUGGUAGACUUUUACUUGUAGAGAAUUUCAAGGAGAGAAUGUGUAUUUGAAUGCUGAAGUAUUUCUAAUGAUUAAAAAAUCAUUAGUCUUUUAGAUAAGGUAAAAAUCCUACUCUUUUUAGCUGUCCAGUUGCCCGAUAGAUUCUUUGGUCAAAUCCUGGAGUUGAUUUAUUUUUCAAGGUUUGGACAAAAGUUAUGGGAGGAUUUGUGUUGAGUGUGAGGGAAUGAGAGUCCUGAUCAGGUUUUUUAUCUAACUGUAAAGUUCAACAGAAAAUUUUAAGAUAAAUUUUUCUCAUUCCAGGUUACAGUAGCAAGUGCUGCUUCUUUUCCUCUAAGGAAACACUGCUCAGUACAUGGGAAUUUGCGAUUUUUUUCUGUGUUGUGGAGACAAAAUGGAGUCCUCUUCAGAAUUUCUAGUUUAGUGUAGACUGAGACACCCUGGGAAUCAAUAGGUGGGUGAUAUUGCAUGAGCGUGUAAAAUGUUUCACUGUAGGUUGAAAUCCUAUUAAUAUUAUUGGAGUUUUUCUCUGAAGAUGGUCUGGUCAACUUCAUUUCCGAAAUCGGCUGUGAUUUGUAAAGGUCUUAUGAGAUUAUAGGUUAAAAAAGGGGUGAGUAUGUGCACAAACUAAAAACUUAAGGAUGUUCCUCCAUUCUUUACAUCAGUUUUUUAAAAUACUGUAUUUGUAGAAAGAGAAUCAUCACAAUUUUUCUUAUGCAAACAAAAUCACACUUUCUGUUAAACAUACUGUGGAAAAAAAUUAGUUGCCUGGUUUCUCUAUGUUAAGACUUCUGUCAAUUUGAUGCAGAAUACAUUGUUACCGUCUACCUCUUAUUUUGUUCAAAGUGCUGGUAAGAUUUUUUUUCUGAGCUUACAUAGUUAGAAACUUUGCCGUAAUUAAUCUGCUGUUCUCAGUCUUCAGUUACAGGUCCUUUAUUAAAGGCUUUCAGAAAUUUGUA